AUGAGCUCCAUACAGUCAAACUCUUCUGCAAACGAGACCUUUGUUCGUCCUGCAACAUUUUUCCUCAGUGGCCUUUCUAAUGUUCCACAUGCAAAAUACUACUAUUUGUUCUUGUCUUUAGUGUAUGUUGUGACUGUUUUGGGGAAUUCAUUUAUCAUGUGUGUCAUUUAUUUGUCCCGCAGACUACACACAGCCAAAUAUGUUGUUGUUUUCCAUCUGGCCUUUUCUGAUCUGUGUGGAAGCUCAACUGUGAUUCCCAAAAUCAUUGACACAUUUUUAUUCGAACAUCAGGAGAUUUCAUAUGAAGCAUGUUUGGCAAAUACAUUUUUUAUAUAUCAUUUUCUAAAUAUCCAGUCUUUAACACUACUUGUCAUGGCUUAUGACAGACUGGUUGCUAUUUGUUUUCCUCUACGAUAUCAUGCCAUUAUAACCAAACCAACAAUGUUUCUGAUCCUAGGAGUGAUGUGGAUUUAUUCUGUGACAUAUUUUUCUAUAUUUAUAGGUUUCCUAAAUAGACUCUCCUUUUGUAGAUCUAAUGUGAUUGAUAGUUAUUUUUGUGAUUACAGCCUUCUGAAUAAGCUAGCUUGUAAUGAUAAUUCUAUAAAUAUUUUGAUGAUAAAAAUUUGCUUUGGUGUCAUGAUUUGCACGCCACUCAUGCUGAUCUUUGUCUCAUAUUUCUGCAUUUCUUUAGCUCUGUUUAAGAUUGCUCAUGGUGCUGAGCGAGCCAAAGCCAUAAAAACCUGCACCUCACACCUCAUGUUGGUGGCAAUUAGUUAUAUCCCUUAUUUAAGUAGUCAUAUUGCAUUCUUAACAUCACCUAUUCAUCCAAACACCCGGUUAAUUAACCAUUCCCUCACACAGACAAUCUCACCUAUGCUGAAUCCCAUCAUAUACACUCUAAAAACAGAGGAGGUCGUGCAAUCCAUAAAAGAUCUGUACAAAUCUAGCAAAGUGAGCAGUGCAGUACAAAUGAAAUGUAGAAGAAAUUCUAAUCUAAAAUUACAAGUUUAA